AUGUCGGACCAGUCAGAUAGUCAGAAUUCUUUAGGAAUUAACUUGAUGACUGAGAGUGAACCCUCUUCUCCCUCUCUUCAUGGUGGGUCCAGCUCAUCCGAUUCUAGCCCCCCAGACGGGAGGACUCGCCUUUUGGCUGACCUUCCUCUUACUUCUGACCGGGAAAAAGAACUUAGGUCUAAGUUUUUAAAUGACCGUUCCUCUCCCGAAUUGGCCAAUUUGACCACCCAGUUUUUGACCGCUAGGAUGAGUGGGGAUAAUCAAACACUUAAGGAAUUGAGACAUCAAAUUCUGGCCCGUAGGACACUUAGGCAUCCUCCCCCUGAUGCCGUCCCUGGGUUGGAUGUUCAACCUUUGAGAGAGCAUGCCUGGCUUGAGAGCCUGGCUGAUGCUGGGGUCGUGACUGAUCCCAGCGUUUUCGACCGUCUUGCCCGAGAUCCAACUCCUUCUCAUCCUUCUCAUCCUCCUGUUGUCAAUUUAGGUUCUGAUAGCGACUCUAUUGCCAGCAUGGAACAUGAUGCUCCUUCCUCUUCUGGCCGUGACCAUGAAUCCCGUCCCAGUCAAUUUGACGUUGGAGAGAGUUCUGCUAUGCCUUCCUCUCCGCGGCCUGAGGUGAUCCCGCCCGGACAGAUGUCCUUCAUUCAGGGAAAUGGUUGCCAGUGGACUAUAGUGACGGCCCAAAGAAGACCGUUAUUUGCAAGAAUUGGCGGGGAUGAGGGUGAGACGAGGAUUCCCCGUGUUUGGCUUCCUCACGCCAAAUACAUCCUUGGGAAUGAGCCUUUGUCCGCUGUCUUCCUGUGCCGGACUCAUCCAGAAGGGGACGUCAGCUUGGACUUAGAAGAGUUGGGUUUGGACGACAAGCUACAACCCAUGGCCCCGAAUCCUGACGAGCCUCUUAUUGACUACGACACUAUCCACGGGCUCACUGGCGGCCCUCGGGGGACUGAUAGGAAUCCUGGUCGCGGAAACCGGGCUGGGAGGACGGCCCGUCGUGCUGGGAGGACUCAGGGUCGCGGCCCUGGCCGCGGGGAGUCAACUCCUUCUCGCUCCACCAUCCAGGUCCCUAUAAACAGGGGUGGCAGUAGUACCUCUCGUCGGCGUCCGCGAGAGCCUGAGAUUGAUGCCCCUAACAAGCGCCAGUCUGUAGAAGUUAACUCUACGGACUUGGCCGUGAAUGACAAUCAGGGGCUCUCUCUUUCGCCCGUACGAGAGCCGGCCCCGGGAGAUCAACAAUUUUCGGACUCCUUAGCUCGCAGCAAAGAUGCUGCCGUUGGUUCUAGCUGCUCUACCCGCCAAAGGGUGUACGAGAUGCUCAGCAGGCCAACCUUCCUCUCGGACCUUGGUCCGGGAAUUUUCUGUCGGGCGCAAGAGUGGAUUGAGACUAACAUCGUCCCUCUUUGCGCCUCUGUCAAGGCUGCCCUUUCUCAUCCUCCUUCUGUUGCCGGCCGAGCUUUCAGACCGGCUCUGGAUGUGAGGGAGGAUGAGUCCAUUUUUGCUGACAUCCCUGCCAAUGGCGGUACAUUAGGGUAUCGUCUUCUGAAAGGACUCCAACUGCCCUUUGACCGUCCAGCCGAUAAGUUGGUGGCGCCUGCUGCUCAAUUAGCUCACGACCUUGUCGUGGCCGGGAAUUCUGCUGUUGAGCUUAUAGCUCAAUACUUGGAGUAUCAGCGUCUGGCUGAGAGCGCUGGUGGAACCAUCCAAGGCUUGGAGGCCGACAAGGUUGGCCUUUCUGCUCAGAUCUCUCAAUUGGAAGCCAGCCUGGAAUCUGAGAAGAAUGCUAAGGCUGAGGCUGACAAGGAGCUGGGGGAGCUACGCUUGAAAGCCAAGGAGCUCGAGGACCUGCGGUUGAAGAAUUCCAACUUGGAAACUGCUCUCAAAGCGUCCCAGGAUGAGAAGGAGACCGCUGUGAAGGAAGCUGCUGCUGAAGCUAAUCAAGUUGCUGUGCGGACUUCAAGAGGUCUGAGGAGUUCAUUGGCCUUCUCGGCGAGCGAUAUGACGGGGGCUGGGUGGCCGCUAAGAGGUGUGUCUGCCACUCCCAUCCAAGCUUUGAUUGGGAGCAGAUGGAAAUCGCCUUUGGCGAGGGCGUUCACAGGCAACCUUUAGCGGACGAGCCCUAUAUCUGCUCCGAGGAGGUUAUUGCCAACAUUUUGCCUACUGCUGAGGAUGAUGCGCCUCCUUCAUGAAGACUUUGGCGGUCAUCUUCAACCUCCUCAAUAGCGUCCAAUAGUUUGUAAUAGUUUAGAUUGUCAGCCUUUGAAUGGCAUGUAAACUAAUUUUUGACUUUUGUUACUGGAUCCAUAAAUGCCUUGUUUUGAGUGGCUGACUAGUUUUGUUUGUAGUUGGCCGCCAAGCCAGUAAUUUAUGAUUCACUUUUGUUAGAUGAACCUUGUAUUUACUUUGAAAAUUUCUGUGUCUGUUACACAAUUGCGUUGGUAAUGCUUAUUUUUCUUA